AGGAAUGACCAAAUCAUGUCGGCGGCUCUUUCCACUGCAGACUUCUCGAGUGGCGGAAGCAGCAGCCCCGCACCGGGUGGGCCCUCGCCGGUGGCGGCUGCCAGCAGCCCGACGCCGUCACCCCUGGUCAACCUCCGCCACGUGGAGGCCCCCAAGACGGCUCCUGCUCCACCGGCUGGCCAGCCAAACACCUCCGUGGGCGCCCCCAACACGUGCGCCGACUGCGGAAGGCUCAUCGUAGGUGUGUUCGUGCGCAUCAAGGAUCGCGCCCUGCACGCCGAAUGCUUCCGUUGUGCCACCUGUGGAACGUCUCUGAAGAACAUCGGAUACUUCAACAUCAAGGAUAAGUUGUACUGCGACAUCCACGCGAAGCAGGCCGCCCGCCACAUCGCGCCUGGCAGCAGCCUGGAGCCAGUGCCCGUUCCACCGGGCGGCCACAUCCCGCAGGGAAUUCCGCUGGCUCCGGCUCCGGCCCCGGCUCCGGCCCCGGUGCCCGUAGCCCCGAGGGCUCCCACCGUAGGAGCAGCCUCUUCGCCGCUGUACACACCGCCGGCGCCCAAGUUCACUCCGGCAGCUCCGUACACGCCGACCCAGGCGAUGCCCGCCGCGCACUCGCCGGUAGCGGCCGCUCCGCUGGCUGACCAGCCGCCGCCGCCACCCGACAGCCCCGGCAUCUGCUAUGACUCCCCCGUUGCCAUGGGCCGGUCCGAUUUCCGCCCGGUGUCAGCGCAUUCGCCCGUGGCGGGUUCUAAGCCUCAGACUCCGCAGUCAGCGAAGACGACUCCGCCGUUCGGUGGCAUGACACCGCUGCAUCCCGUGACAGCACCUGUGGCCGACGCUCAUCGUCCGAUACCAGGAGGCGCCAAGUUCACCUGGCCGCCCGCACAGGCCGGCGGUCCCGCUCACGUCGGCGGCGUUCUGGAGUCGAACGCCAUGCCGAGCGUGCCUACGUAUCGGCCACCGCCGGGCACUCAGAGGGUGACCGCGGCCCCGUCGACCCCUAAGUGGGGCGCCGGCCAGCCGCUCGGCGCCCCGCCGGGAGGGCCCUUCCGGCCCUCAUCCCCAUCCGCGUCCCCAUACUCGCCCGUCUCGAGCCCAGCUUCGUCGCGACCACCCUCGUUUGUGUCGUCGUCGCCGAGCCCACUGUCGGGCUUCGGCGGCGGCCAGCAGCAGCCGAUCGGCGGCGUCAAGGUACCGCCGCCCACGGCGCCCAAGCCGAUGUCACGCGCGCCGCCGACCAAAAUAGGCAACGGCGGGCCAUGGGCGCCCGUUGGGCAGCCCGCGCCUGCACUCGCCACCGGUGCCUCAUCGGCUCCUUUUACGGGCCCCUCAGGUCUCUCCCAAGGAGCGGGGUCCAGGCCGGCGCCCAAGAGAGGCCGCGGAAAGCUGACGCAGGCCAUCGGAGGCAAGAUACCCAUCUGCUCCAGCUGCGGAUCGCCCAUCAGGGGGCCGUUUGUGACAGCGCUAGGACGCAAUUGGUGCCCGGAUCACUUCUUGUGCUCCAACGGUAGCUGCCGCAAAUCGCUCCAGGACAUUGGCUUCGUCGAGGAGCAGGGCAAAUUGUACUGUGAACACUGCUACGAAUGCUACAUGGCCCCAAUCUGCAGGAAGUGUGGACAUCGCAUCAAAGGCGAUUGUCUGAACGCCCUUGAGCAGACCUGGCACCCCGAGUGUUUCGUAUGCACGUACUGCAAAACGGCUUUUGGAAACAGCUCAUUCUACCUCGAAGACGGAAUGCCCUACUGCGAGAAAGACUGGAACGAGCUCUUCACCACCAAGUGCGUGGGCUGUGGAUUUCCGAUCGAGGCCGGAGAUCGCUGGGUUGAGGCUCUGAACAACAACUACCACUCCCAGUGCUUCAAGUGCACGAUCUGCCAGAAAAACCUGGAGGGACAAAGCUUCUUUGCUAAAGGAGGACGACCCUUCUGCAAGGCGCACGCCCGCUAAGCCGGCCUCUUGGGCAAGAGGAUAGACUCAGCGCCUAUGGGGCAUUCGCAGGGGCAUUUGGAGUCAUCAAGCUUCAGCUAAAGAGAUAGAGAGAAAGAAACAAAGACAUCGAUAGCCCGCGUUACAUAACUGCGUGAAGCCGAUUCUCCAGAAAAAAAAGCGCAAAACUAGGAGCACACGCUUCACAAGAACGCCUCGACGGGCAAGCUAAGCAGCUCGAGCGAAUUGAAAGGGGCCCAUUGCAAUCGUCUUGUUGGCCGCGGGACUUUGCGCUUAUUAGUUUUGCUGGGAGCUGCUACGCGCUGGGGCUGAAAGUUGUUUUUCUUGUUUUGUUGUUUUACAUGAUGUCAUAUUUUUCUCUUCCUCUAUCUGUCCUUUAAAGAUGAGCAAGGAACGAAACCGAAUGAAGAAACUUGCUUUUAAUAUAUUCUUCAGCCGACACAUUCUGCUUGCGGGAGAAUAUCGAAGCGCGGUUGAAUUCGACAUUGCUUUAUGGUACUACUAUACGGGCUGUAAUGGAAAGAAAUAAUAAUAUCACAGUAAUGUCUGGCGUUAUACGAAACGUAUAAGCGAUUUUUUUCUCUUUUUUUUUUUUUUGCUAUGGCGAAAAGAUGAUGAGGAGGGCGACGUUCUUUGCCGACGUCUCAUUCGCCACGACAAGACUGGCCUCUGGGCAACAAGAGAAGAGCCGGUGAAGAAAGCUGCCAAGCUAACGAGAAACGACUGAAGCUUCGUGAAAUAGUGAUUUCUUCACAGGGCGACACGCUAGCUUCAUGACAUGACAAGAACGUUUUUUUGAUCUCUUAGAAAUGCCAUGUUUUCUGCUUGCAUGAAGCAACGGGAUAGGCAGAAGAGCCUCGUGCACAUUGCAUCAGUUUAUGUUAAAACUAUUUCUCUGAGCGAGGGAAAAAAAAGAAGCAAGAAACCGCGUGUUUGGCGAAUGGUUAGCUUCUCUUCUGGUAAAGCUUCAAUGCAGGCACAAGACAGACACAUAAAAACCAAUCAGGAGGCGCCUUAAUAACGCUAUUCUCUUUUGCGCCUGCACGAGGCGAGCGCUGUGAGUGGCUUAAACAUUUAUCUAAUCAACAUCGUGAGAAGGAGGAUGCUCGAAUAAAAUAAAAAUGCGCGAACGAUACAGUGCUAAAAAUGAAACAAGUUGAAAGGCGAUUUGAUUCGCUUCGUGGAGGCGAAGCAACUAAGUAAACGCUAACCAGCUCUCUAAACUAAAGCGUACUUAACGAUUAGGCGCUGCAUUCGUCGCGUUUCACCUAUACACUCGUUCUUGUCUUUCUGCUCUGCUAACGUCCGGUGUGCUGCAUUUUCUUGUUUUCGUUUUUUUUUUUUGCUGGGUCACGUACCCAACGGAAGUUCUAGUCGUCUUCUUUGUUACUUAUUGUUGUAGGCAUCAUUUAUUGUAUUACAGCAACCAUUGUAUCAAGCCGUUGGGAAGUCAUCGUGAGAAGGCAAAAUACUUAAAUGCGUCAGCUUACUCCGUCACGCUGUCCUUUACGUGCCAUACCUUAACAGGCGGCACGGACAUCCCAUCCCCCCUCUCUCCAUUGUUUCCCCCUCCGCGAGGCUCGUGUUUUGUGUCUCAACGCUGAUCAAGUGUGUACAACGAAUAAAGCUAAUGCCAAUAACUGUUACAAAA